CUAACUAUGGCUUCCAUAUUUUCUAACGUUAUCGUUCUCUACGUGUUAGCGUGUAUGUCAACUCUAAGCUCGGCCGACCCGGGUUGGUUUAGGGCUCGUAAUACCACUUUUCUUUUCAGUUCUAGGCAUAAACGUCCCCCGUUCCCGCCACCAUCAUCACGAUGUUUGCCACAACCACCAUGGAGACGUCUGCCACCGUCACCACCACCAUCACAACCACGAAAACCUCGAACACCACCAUCACGACCACGACAACCUCGGACACCACCAUCACGACCACGACAACCUCGAACACCACCACCACGAAGGUUGCCACCAUCCCCACCACCAUCACGACGGCCUCGAACACCGCCAUUGCCGACCCCACAAAAUCCAAGAAAGAUUAUAGUGGGUGGUUCUAAAUAUUGGCGUCUUGGCUUUGACUAUAAUGAUUGGAUACUUAAGAACGGUCCAUUUUAUCUGAACGAUAUUCUAGUGUUCAAAUACGAUCGUCCAAAUAGUUCAACUCCCCCUCAUAAUGUUUAUUUGCUACCAAACAUGCAAAGCUUCAACAAGUGUGAUUUUAGAAGGGCUAAAUUGGUGGCAAAUUUAACACAAGGAAGUGGAAAUGGGUUUAAUUUUGUUCUUAAACAACAAAAAGCUUACUACUUUGCUUGUGGUGAAGGCAUUGGCUUCCAUUGCAACAUUGGAUCCAUGAAGUUCUCUAUAACCCCACAAUCAAGGCGUCUACCAUCACCGCUACCACCAUCACGACCGCCACGAAUACCUCCGCCACGACAUGUGCCACCGCUGUUUCCACCACCACCAUCAAAACGACCACGAAUACCUCCACCACGACAGGUGCCACCACCAUCAAAACGACCACGAAUACCUCCACCACGACAGGUGCCACCACCGUCACCACCACCACCAUCAAAACGACCACGAAUACCUCCACCACGACCAAUGCCACCACCAUUAUCUCCACCAUCACUACCUCCAUCACCAUCACCAUCCCCAUCCCCAUCCCCACCUCCAUCACCGACUCCACAAAUUCCAAGAAAAAUCAUCGUUGGUGGAUCAGAACGAUGGCGUCUUGGCUCUGACUAUAAUGAUUGGGCACUUAAAAACGGACCCUUUUAUCUAAACGAUAUUCUAGUAUUCAAAUACGAUCCUUCCCAUAGCGUCUAUUUGCUACCAAACAUGCAAAGCUUGGUGGAUUGUGACUUUGGAACAGCCAAAAUGGUAGCAAAUUUAACACAAGGAAGUGGAGAUGGCUUUGAGUUUGUACUCAACCAGCAAAAUCCUUACUACUUUGCUUGCGGUGAAGGCAAUGGCUUCCAUUGCAAACUUGGAUCCAUGAAGUUCUCUGUAACACCAAUAGCUCAAGCUUGAAAAAAUGGAUUCAUGAAUACAUUUUUGUGAUAAUAAAUGCUAUUUAUAAAUUUUAUAUAACUUUUGAAC